CACGAAAGAAGUAUACUCAUAACUAAUGCUAAAGGAUAUGUUCCUACAGUACUGACUAAGUGCAAUAUAUAGGAAUGUCUCGAGUGUUGAUUAUAUAAAUAAAAAAUAAUUUUAUGUACCUAUUAUCUGUUUCAAUUACCGUUUGUUUACUUAUUACUAUUUUUUAAUUAUUACGUUAUUCUCAUUAUUAUUACGUAUGUCCGAUAGUGAUUUUCUUUAAACUUUUAUAUUUGUUAUUUUUAUUGAUUACGUUUUUUGAAAUGACAGUGGGUAGUGAUAUGACUUUAUUCUAAAACAAGUUGUUAAUUCUUACAAACUGAAAUAAUUUAACAAAUGACAAUGUAAUUUAAAAAAAUUAAGUGUAAUUAUUGCCUGUAUUUCACAGUCUAAAAGUAUUAUUUACUGUGGACCAGGACAGAUUAGGAUACGACCAUGGGGACUAUAACUACAGAAGAAUUUGAUCUCAUGAAAGACUCUAAAUAUCGAAUGUAUGUUAAUGCAGUGGAUAAAGCAUUAAAAAGUUUUGAAUAUACAAGUGAAUGGGCUGAUUUAAUAUCAGCUUUAGGAAAAUUAAACAAAGUACUUCAGAGUUACACUCGAUACCCAGUAAUUCCGAGAGGUAUAAAAAUCAGCAAACGUCUAGCACAAUGUAUGCAUCAUGCUUUACCAUCUGGUGUUCACUUGAAAGCACUCGAGACUUAUGAUAUCAUAUUUAAGUGUAUGGGCACAAAUCGUCUGAGUCAAGACCUCUUUAUUUAUAGUGCAGGAUUAUUCCCUGUUAUGGGUUAUGCUGCAAUGAAUGUUAGACCAGAUUUAUUAAAUAUUUACGAAAAUCAUUUUGUACCAUUAGGCGAAAGAUUAAUACCAGGAUUAAAUGGUUUUCUAAGUGGAGUUUUACUCGGUCUUGAAGAAGGCUCUGAUUUUUUUGAUAGAACUAAUCGUCUUUUAGACAACGUAUGUACUGGAGUUGGUCCAUCAAUAUUUUUUAGUCACUUAUGGGAAUGUCUAGCUAAUAAUUUAGCUGUUAGGCUGCCUGCUAUAUUGUACAUAUUAUCUCGAUUUGAUCGAAAGUUAGUCAUAGAAAACCAAAGUUACAUUAUGGGCACUAACAUUGAUACAAUGGUUACUGCCAUAUGUGCUUGUGUGCAAGAUUCUUUGGUUCUAGUGCAGAGAAGUGGAUUAGAUUUUUUAUUAGUUGGUUUUCCAAUGCAUAAUACUCAAUUGUCUCGUAGUGAUAUGAUCCGACUAGUAACAGCAUCUUUAGUAACCAUUCUCCGUAGGGAUAUGUCAUUAAACAGGCGAUUAUAUGCAUGGUUACUAGGAAAUGAAGUUAAUUUAACAUUGUUGAAUUCUGAGCACCCUUUAGUAGUAUUAAGAAAAGCACGGAAAUAUACAUCUGUUAAAUAUUUUGAAAUGUAUUCUAGGGAUUUACUUGUACAGGCUAUUAAAAUCAAACUUCAUGAAGCUACUGGUAGUCAACCUCAUGAUCUACGACCAUAUAGACUCCUUAUAUCUUUAUUAGAUAAAACUGAAAUUGGUCCUGUAAUCCUAGAUGAUAUAUUAUAUGAAGUUUUUAGACUUUUAUAUUUAUGUUGUCAAAAUGAUACAAAACUUGAUAAAUCAUCUGAAUUAAUUAAAUCUGCAAAUUUAUUAUUUAGUUCUCUGGAACCAAAAUAUUUGUGGGAAUAUAUAGGAAAUAUGUUUUCUCAUGCAUGUCAACUAUUGACCAAGGAUGAUCAAUGUGAUAAUUUACCAAGUGCUGUUAAGCCAGUUGGCAGUGGUGAAUUAACUGUAAUUGAAAUUUGUUCUUUAACUGAUUUUUUAUUAGAUGCUAUAUCCUUUGAAACAUUUACUGAAACACCUAGUGAACACUUACUGGAACUUUUUAUUCACAUAGCAAAUACAUUGACUGAUCACUGUGAUAUGUUGACUGCAGAUCAAGCAAGUACAGCACUAAUGUUAUUUUUAAAAAUUCUGUCUAAAGUUCAACCAGCAUUAUUACCUCCUACUGAUAUGGGAUAUAGUUCUUUGGAACAAACUGUUGAACCUCCAAAGAAAGCCACUGAACCAGGAAAAAUAGUACAGUUAAAUGUAGAAGUACCUAAAAUAAGUGGAGUUAAACGAGCUCCAUCACCUAAGUCAAUGACUAUAUCAGAUACUUCUAGUAUUCAAUCUGAAUCAACAAUUGUUGCUGAAAACCCCUCUUUAGAUUUACAAUCAGAUACAACCAGUGGAAUUUUUGAUGGUGAUUCUAUAAAUUCUGCUAUGAUGGUACAAAAUUGUAAUCAAAAAGAUCAGCAAAGUAUUUACAAAUUAUGUAUAAAGCAAUAUGAAAAAUAUUUUGUCACAUUUGUAUAUGGUGUAAGAGCAAAUAUUGGAGAAACUAAGGGUCUAUCAGUAUUAAUGGAUGCUUUGAAAGUUAAAUCACCACAAACCACUGCUGAAGAUAGAGCAAGACAUUUGGAAGAACUAUUAAAUACUGUACUAAAUUCACAAAAACAAUCAAUUGAUGAAAACUAUGAAUAUGAAGGUACUGAUGAAAUAUCACCCCUAACUAUCUUAAACAAUAAACGUAGUGCAGGUUUAGAAUGGACAAAACCUGUUAUGUUGGCUUGUAGAGUACUUGUAGAUAUUUCAACAUUUCAAGCAAUGCCAUUAUCUGAAUCAGUAUCAUCAUUAAUUAGUUCUAUUGAUAUCAAAGAUUUAGACAAUAACAUACUUCCUGAGUGGUUAAAACUGAUAAUAGUAUGCUGCUGUUGGUUAGGAAAUACAGCUCCUUCGCUUCAAUUAGUUACAAUUAGUACUCUUGUAGAUAUAGUAGCACUAUGCCGAAGUUCGCAACAACAUUAUAAAUCAAAUGAAUCAAGAAAUGGUGUAAUUUCAUUAGUUCUACUACCUCUAUUAAAACCUAUACAAUUAUAUUAUAUUGAAAAUCAUACAAAUGUUUUUCACGUUAUUGCCCAUUGGCUUUGGUUCCAUUUAGCAAAUCCUCUCUAUCAAGUUCGUUGUGUUGAACUACUCUAUUUAUUACAAAGUUCUUUACAUUCUAGUGAUAUAGUUGAAAAUUGUAUUGGAGAAGAGUUAACAUCAAGAAGAGCUUCAGAUUUUCAUAAAUUAAAUUCAUUUAGAAAAUUUUCACUUCUGUGGCAUGUUGGUCGAGAAUUAGCAGCAAACUCUCAAAAUGUUAGCGAUAUGUUUUAUAAGUCCAUGUUAAAAAUGUUAGAUAAUUUAGAAUUGGGAGAAAGAAAUGCAAUAAAAGUAGAAGCAGAAAGUUGGUUAUUACAUUCACUUCUCAGAGGAGAUAUUGGCCGCUUAAUUGAUCCUCUAAUUUUAUUACUACUAGAUCCGUGUACAGCACGUUUAAGUGUUCUUCAUGCUAAAGUAAGUCCUUCACAAAACAAUGAAACACAAGAACAUCUAGACUCAACUUCUAUGGAUCCAUCUGCAAAAAUAUAUGCUAUUAGUUCAGUUGAUGGGAAUAUUAUGUAUCAUGUUGCCGAUAAAUGUAAACAGACAUUAGGUGUAACAUCUAAUAAAACUAAACGUGUAUUUGCUAUAACUACCUUAGCAGAACAAGACUCAUCUAAUUUAUUUAGCCGUUAUGUGACUGUAAAAAAAUGUCAAAUGAUGACUCGAUAUGAACCUUCUAUAGCUGAAAUGUCUGAAUCACAUCAUAAAAAUAUGUCUCUACUUCAGAAUAUAUCUGUUUUUGUUAAUCCAUUUUCUGUAGAUCCUAAUGUUAGUAACAACAAUGAAUUUGAUGAAGAUUAUUCCGAGGAAAAAAAAGAAAGUACUCAAUAUACUAUUGAAAUGUUAAAUAAAAUUAAACGUUUUAAAUCUAAUGUUCAAAAUACUGUACGGCGUUCUCCUAAAAGAAAACCUGAAAGUAAAAAUAUUCUAAAAUCUGUACAACGAACUGGAUCUUAUUCAUCACUUGACUCAAUUAAAACUAACCCAGUUAUGAGUUCUACAACCAUGAUGUCACCAAUUGAUUUAUUACAUUUUUCAUCAAUAUCUGAUACAAUAUCAGAUACUAUUUUUCCUAGAGUUUCUGAUGGUGAAACGUAUCGUAAUAAUAUUAGAACUUCAGCUUCAGCUACUGAUAUGAAUGGUCAUUUUAAUCUAGAAAGUGAAAAAGAUUUAGUAAGAAGUUAUUCUUUUUGUGGAAAUGAACAAAUCAAAAUUGACACAGAAGAGUCAACUCCUGCUGAUGAAUAUUUUGAUCCUACAAAGUCUGAAGAAACAUCAAUUAUUCAAGAUGUACUUAAUAGUGUUUUAGAUGCAGUGGUUGAUGAAACUGUUAUACCUUUGAAUGAUGAAGAAGAGGAUGACGAUUUGACAGAAAUUUCAGAAUCAAUUAAAGAAGAUGUUUCUAUAGCGCCACCUGAAUAUAAUAUUGAUGGAAAUGUUAGAAAUAUACAUUCCCAUUUACUGUUGUAUUGUGGAAUUUAUGACGUUCAAAGAACAUUGUAUGCUUUUAGUACACUAACUAAUAUGCUAAAAACAAAUGCACGAGCUCUUCUAUGUGCUGCUGCUACUACAUCAGUUCCAAUAAAAUCACAGAUACUUAUUCUUCUUUCAAGACACAGAAAAUCCAUGUUUGGCAGAGGUUUUCAUGGAGAAAUUGAUAUGACUGGUAUUCCAUAUAACCGAGGAAGUAGUAUGUAUCUCGAGUUACUUAUAUCAAUAUGUCUUUAUUAUAUAAGAAGCUAUUAUCCGAAUUUGGGACAAUCAAAAAUUGCUCAAGAAGAUGUUGCAGGUAAUCGACAAGUACAAAUGUCAAGUGUCGAAUUAUUGAGCCUUAUAUGUUGGGAACUAAGUGGUAUUGUGAGAGAUAGUGGGCGUGGUCUAGCUUGCUAUUUGGCUGAAUUAUUAGCUAGAUGUAAAGCACAAAAAGUAGCCUUGCACUGUUUACUUAGUAGUGUAUUAGAAAAUUCAGGACCAGAAAUUAAAGCUACUAGUUUUACUGCUGAAAUCCUCUCGUUUAAUAAUCAUGAUCCGACUGAUCAAGGUGCUAUGGAAGGCAGAAUGAACCGUGAAUCUGAAGCUUUUCAAGCUUUAUUAUUAAGAUUAUUACUAUCAUUAAUAAUUUUAGAACAUGAAGUAGAUAAUAGUCGUCAUCGAGAUAACAACGUAAUAACUGAAUCUCAAGGAGAUAUAGCUGCAGACAAUGUCGAAGGAACUGAUGUAAGAUAUUUGUCAGGUAGGCCAAUUCCUAUGCAACCUAUGUUUGUAACUGCACUUGUUGCUGCUUUACAUCCAUCAGCUCGUAUGAGACAUUCUCAUAUUAAUUGGACAUCACUUGUCACAUCUUCAUUACCAUAUCUUGGACCAGCAUUAGUUAAUGUUGUUUCUGUGACUGUACGUCAAUUAUGUGCCAAUAUUGAAACACUGGCAGAUGUCUAUGCUGACAGCAGCAAAAAUGUGAAUUUAAGAUUACCUGCUGAUUAUGCUAUAACACAACUUGAAGCUCUUACAGUUUUAUGUCAUUUUUGCCUCCUUGAUACUGGACAACCAUUUAAUAAUCCAUUAGAUCAAAAUUCUUCUGCAAACCCAAAUACUCCAGCACAAAUUUUUAAUAAUCUUGUACAUGUUUUUAUACCAUCUCCUCUUUUAGCACUUCAAGAUCAAUCGCUAAAUGAAGAAAAUGAACCACAAUUAGGAGCAAGAAGAUCUCUUUUAGCUAGCUUACCACGAAUAGUAGCCAGUAUUUCAUUACUUUGGAAAGCUCUUAGUACUGGAAAACAAAGUGAAAAUAGUGUUGCUGGAUGUCCAAGAUUAGUCAAAGGUCAAGUUUUAGAAUUGUUAAGCCCAAUAGCAGAGCACCAUGGUAAUAGUUUCUUAACUGCUUUUUCAAUUGUUUGGAAAGAAAGACGAUCACGAACUUCUGUUCUGUCUCCAUCUAUAAUUCCUGAAGCAAGUGAGAUGCAACUUAUACUUGUACAGUUAUUAAGUUCUAUUAAAUCUAUGCCAUUAGAUUCUCUUAUACAAACUAUUCAUCAAGUAGUUAAACAACCAUCUCUUAGUCAAGCUGGUCAACAAGAUACACAAAUUAGUAUUGAAGUCAGUGUAUUAGAACUAUUUAUUCAUUAUGUACAACUUACUUCAGGUCAUUAUCUAGCUGAAACUUGGCAGUCUCUUCUAGGACUGCUAAAAGAAGGAUUAACAUUAUCACCGCCAUCUCAAUUCAUGUUAUUAUCAGUAUUAAGUCAGUUUGUACAUAGAGCUCCUGCUCCUUUGACUGAUCGUAAAGAUCAAAAAGACCUCCAAGACAUAACUGCUAAGAUGGUUGAAAGUUGCUCUCAAAUAGCUGGUGCGUGUUUAGAACAAAGUUCAUGGUUAAGAAGAAAUGUAUCAGUGAGAGAACAUGAAUUAUCUGCUGCUAAUUCUAUAGCUGAAAAAGACAUUGAUAAAGUUGGAAGUGGUAGUGGAACUAAUGCUCAGUACAGUAUACCAGCCCAAAAUGUUCUUGCCCAACUCCUUGCUCCUCUUUUAGAUAUAACAUUUGGAAAUCAAGAAAAAGAAAGAGUGUGUACUAUUCUAACUAUGGUGAUGUAUAAUGUGACUCCAUAUCUAAGAAAUCAUACGAAUAAAAACAUGCCAAGUUUUUAUGCCUGUUCACAAAUUUUAGCAAGUAUUAGUACCUAUCAAUACACUCGCAAAGCUUGGAAAAAAGAUGCCAUGGAACUACUUCUUGAUCCCACUUUAUUUCAAAUGGAAGACCGUAGUAUACAGUACUGGAAAAUUAUAAUAGAUAACUUAAUGUCACAAGAUACAACUACUUUUAGAGAUUUUAUGGGACGAGUGAACAUGAGUCAAGCAAAUUCUUUAAAUUUGUUUUCCAAUAGAGAGCAAGAAUAUGAACAAAGAGCCCAAUUAUUAAAAAGAUUAGCAUUUGUUUUACUAUGUAGUGAAAAGGAUCAGUUCCAUAAACAUGUUCCAGAAAUACAAGAAAGGCUUGUUGAUACACUUCGAAUGCCCCAGUCAGGCCCUGGUAUCCAUGCUCAAGUAUUUUUAUGCUUUAGAGUGUUAUUGUUGCGUAUGUCUGGUCAUCAUAUAACUUCUAUGUGGCCAAUUAUUGUUAGUGAAAUGGUUCAAGUGAUGAUACACAUAGAACACAACUUAAGUACUGAUACGGAAGAAUUCAGGAGAAAUACCAGUAGUGAAGAAGUGAGUGUAGCUGAGUCUUCUCCUAAAGUGAUUCCAUCAUCAAGAAGGCGGAAAAAAUGGAAUCAACGAAACAAGUAUAAUUUACAAGCUGCUGAAAACAAACAAUCUUCUUCAAAUUCUAGAAAGUCUACAACAAUUGCCAACAAUAUAAUUGAAAAUUCCCAUAUUAGACUUUUGUCUGGACUUGAUUGGACAUGGGUUGUUAAUAGUAAUAAUGGUCUUCAUGCCACUGGUAACCCCCAAUGGUUACAGCUUCAAUUAGCUGCAGUAAAACUUCUUAGUGUUGCUAUUCAACUUCCUGCUGAUAUUCUCCCUCAAUUUCAAAUGUACAAAUGGGCCUUUGUUGGAAGACCAGAAUUUUCACCAAAUGAGCAGAAUCUAGUAGAAUUUGUACCUCAUGUUAUGAGGAUAGCUAGAAUAAUGGAUACAAAGUAUGGAAAUCCAGUUGAAACUUAUCCAGAUACUUUGUUACCCACUGGUUCAUCAGCUCGAUCAUUGCAAGAUCUUCAUCCAUUCUUCUCAGCAUUGAGUACUGGCGAACCUCAUCCAUCUUUAAACAGUACUAUAAGUCAAUUAGAAUACGAACUAGAGCUAGAUUUCCUAGAGUCGAUACCGUCCAGAUAGGUUGAUGCAAUUCUACCUGAACCACCAUACCUACGACAAACUGUGAUGUUGUACAUGUAAAUAAAAAACUUAAAUUAUUUAAAAAAAAACUAAUCAUUUUAAAUAUUGUUAUUUUUGCAAUGUUCGUUUUAAUGUAAAAAAUAUUAUUGUGGUUUUUCUGAUUGUUGAAGUUUUGUUCUUUUUAUUAAGUGGUGAUAUGAUCAUUCCGUUUUAUUUAGUGAAUAAACUCACACAAUAAUUCUGCAAUUUUAAAAUUGUAAUUUUUUACAGCUACUUAGUAAAUAUUGUCAAAACACAUGCUUUGGAGCACAAAACAUUAACUUAUUAAAUUCUAUGUUACCUA